UCAAUGGCUUUAAAGGCCAAUGGCUUUUCUAAAUCAUUUAUACCACUUUUUUGCGUACAACUUCAGGCUAUUAUUGCCAAUAACCCCUAGAUUUCUUUUGAAAUUCUGUCAGCACGCUUUAGAUAACUUUUGGAAGCCUUUGGUAAAAUUUUGAACAAAUUCUUUAGUUUUAAAUUAAGUUCCAUUAACCGACCGCAAAGAAGUCUCGCAUAAAGCUCUUGAAGACACCGGCCGCCAUUUCGUGGAUAUUUUCCGAGGAAACAGAAGCCAAACAGAUUGACAAACGGGUCCCCGAAAGAUGAUGAACUUCAGUGGUCCCGAGGAAGUGGAGUUCGACGCAUUCCGCGGAACACAGGAAUGUAACCAGGCAUCUGCAUUCGGCGGCGACUUUGAAAUUGGUCACUCCUGCUUCACCCACUACGGUUGUCCCUGCGAAAUGAGCGACAAAACCGGCAGUGGACGGGGUCGCCAGCCCGCCAGAGGUAACUCGACUACAAGCAGGAUUCCCCGUUGUGCCCAAAGUCCACGUGUGAAGCCUACUGCCCACUCCCCACGGUCAAACUACUCAUUUCGUCCGGUAUUCCAUGAGAGGACCACCGAUGAGGACGACUCCGUGCUCACCCAGCAACUGUGGAAACUGGCCCGCAAGUCGGGCACUCUCAAUCUUUCUAACAAGGCACUGGCUAGAGUGCCCGAGCGACUCUACGACAUAAAUGAGGCAGAUGCGGAUAGCAAGGCCGUUAAUCUGGAACAGCUAACUAUCAAGGAGGAAGAUGCUUGGUGGAACCAAGUGCCAUUGAACAACCUGGACCUCAGCUCGAAUACCUUAACGCACAUAUCGCCCAAAAUCGAGAACCUGCAGUCGCUAACCGUGCUUACACUUCACGAUAAUGCUUUAGUGGAGUUGCCACCAGAAAUUGGGAAACUGGAAAAGCUUAUUCGCUUGAAUGUCAGCCACAACAAGCUCAGCCAGCUGCCCCGUGAGAUCUACAGUUUGCCGGAGCUGCGACAUCUCAAUAUAUCGUACAAUGAAUUCGACGAAAUCCAUCCGGACAUUAGUGACCUUCACAUGCUCGAGUUUCUGGACGGCGGGCAUAACAACAUUCAGUCCCUGCCCGGCGGCAUUGGGUUCCUGGUGCGUCUUACUGCGCUACUGUUGCCUUAUAACCACGUCAAGGAACUGCCGCCAGAUCUUGUUAAUAUGCGCUCUUUGCAAAAGAUUGAUUUGAUGCAAAACGACCUGACCUGCUUGCCGGAAGACAUGGGACUGCUGAGAAAACUGGAAUGCCUUUAUCUGCAGCACAACGAUAUUUUGGAGCUACCAGAUUUCGAGGGAAACGAGACCUUGAGCGAACUCCAUGCCAGCAAUAAUUAUAUUAAGACCAUACCAAAAGGAAUGUGCAACAAUUUGCCACAUUUAAAGAUACUUGAUUUGAGAGACAACAAGAUAACAGAGCUGCCCGACGAGCUAUGCCUGCUGCGCAAUCUGAACCGCUUGGAUGUGUCUAAUAAUACAAUUAGCGUGCUACCUGUAACCUUGUCCUCGUUGGCGCAUUUAAUAAGCCUUCAGGUGGAGGGCAAUCCCAUUAAGACGAUCCGUCGUGACAUCCUGCAGUGUGGAACGACGAGGAUUCUAAAGACUCUCCAUGAAAGAGCACUGGCCAAAUCCAAAGAGGAAGGAGGUAGCGCUGAUGGUGCCUCCUCCUUAGCGGGUAUAAGUGUAACACGGUUACGUGGUGGCGAAACGGACGCCGAUGAUCAAAUACCCGGCAAUUUUCCGGAUAGCUUUCACCAACAACAGCAGCAACGAUUCCAAUACCAGUAUCCAUAUCAAUGCCAGCAGCAAAUGCACCAACAAUUUUUUGUACAUGAGCCCUUAAGGAAUUGUCAGGAGUAUGAUCGCCAAACGCAGGGACACAUAUACGAACCCGAGAGCUACGGACAGCAGCAUCGAAAUGGCCAUAUUAGAUCACUUUUUAUGCAACAGCAGCAACAGCGUCAAGAGUUUCCCUAUCCGAACUGCUUUAUGUACCAGCAGCAGCAGCAACAAUGCUUCAACUAUUCCCAAAACGAACCCUCUCAGCUAGCUGUGCAUCCUCGUUGGGUGUACAAAUUACGUCAUACACGUACAUUAGCUGUCAAUCUGGAGGAGCUUACCCAAGUACCCGACCAGGUAUUCCAGUUAGCCAAGGAUGAGGGAGUACAUGUUGUAGACUUUGCGCGCAACCAGCUCAGCACUUUGCCCAACGGCCUGCAGUUCAUGAAAGAUCAGGUCACGGAGCUAGUUCUGUCCAAUAAUCUCAUUGGAUAUGUUCCCCAGUUCAUCUCCCAGUUUACACGUAUAAGUUUCCUGAACUUGUCCAACAAUCUGUUGAAUGAUCUGCCAAACGAGUUUGGUGUUUUAAACACCUUGCGUGAAUUAAACAUUGCAAACAAUCGUUUUUCGUUCAUUCCCAACUGUGUGUACGAGUUACAAGGUCUGGAGAUCCUCAUUGCCAGUGAGAACCACAUCAAAAUGUUAAAUGUGUCAGGUUUGCAGAACAUGAAACGCCUAAGUACAUUGGACCUGCGCAAUAACGAUAUCGAUACAGUGCCACCCAUUUUGGGAAAUCUGACAAACAUAACGCACUUGGAACUGGUGGGAAACCCUUUUCGCCAGCCCCGCCAUCAGAUCCUGAUGAAGGGCACCGAUGCAAUCAUGUCCUACUUGCGGGAUCGCAUACCCACAUAGAAUAGUAAUCUGCACAGUUUUUGAGAAACACUUCACUAGCAAUAUGUUUAUUUUUACGAAAAGCGUAACCGAAAUUGAUCAUUUUACCCGGCCAUGUCCAUGCACAACCCACUCCUCGAAUCUGGAAUGUGUGCGGACAUGGGCGAGUGAAAACGGAGCAAGUAAAACAUAACACACACCUUGUGCAUCCACCAACUGAACUAGUCUGCAUGUCGCAAUACCUAAUGUCACCUUGUUAAUUCUGGUUGAGCAUCUGCAAUAAAUGGGAAUAGUAGAGAAAAUA